GCUGGCCGGGAAUCCCAUUUAGCUCACAAAGAAACCAGGAAGUAAGAAGAAAUUAUUACAGUCUGUUCAUUGCUCAGGAUGUUAAAGGCAAUAGCCUGGGCAGCUUGGUUACUCAUUAGCAAAAGAGAAAGAGCACUGCGGGUCUGGACUGGCCAAACCGCAGACACGGACUUGAAGCUGGAAGACAGCUGCUGGCUAGAGGCAAGAAUCCCUGGGGAUCCUACCUGGAGUCCAUCUCUUUGUCUGGAUAACUUUUGCUUGGGACAAGAGACCAGAUGACUCUUUUCUCUUCUCAGACUUUGGUCUAAAUCAAGCCCUCUGCAUUUUACUUUUGUUGUGGGAUUUCUAAGCGGACGAGAGGAAAAAGGCACCUUUCCCACCCACCGAGCGGCUGCAUGGUUCCCACUUGUUUCACUCUGGGGCAGCAGCUACGACCACAGAAAUCCAGCUGGUGACCUCAGAGCAGGUCUGCUGUUGUGAAACAGGGCUUGGCACCCUCUCCAGAGCCUGGUGGAUUGGUGCUGAUUGCAAACUUUCUCAGUGGAGGAAGAGAAAGUGGAUCUGCAAAGAGCAAGGGGAGAGGGAGGAGCCCCUCUCCCCCACUCUCCACUGGGCCGCCAUGGGUAACUUUUGCCUGAGGCUCCGGGCAUACCUGGAGCCCUAUCUGCCCUGCUUGUCCCGGGAGGGAGCAGACAAGCCUUUGGGGAUUAGAAAUCCAGGGGCUGUCUGCCCCCCUGACCCUCCCCCUCCAGCUCCAAAGCCUGUGACAAGCCAGGGCCACUACUUUGUGGCUCUGUUUGAUUACCAGGCUCGGACCGCUGAGGACCUGAGCUUCCGAGCAGGCGAUAAGCUCCAGGUCCUGGAUACUUCCCACGAGGGCUGGUGGUUGGCCAGGCACUUGGAGAAAAGGGCAGACGGCUCUGGCCAGCUGCUGCAGGGCUAUAUCCCUUCUAACUAUGUGGCCGAGGACAGGAGCCUUCAGGCAGAGCCGUGGUUCUUUGGAGCAAUCAAGAGAGCAGAUGCAGAAAAACAACUAUUAUAUCCAGAAAAUCAAGAGGGUGCUUUUCUAAUCAGAGAAAGUGAAAGUCAGAAAGGCGAUUUCUCCCUUUCAGUUUUACACGAAGGGAUUGUGAAACACUACAGAAUCCGAAGACUGGAUGAAGGGGGUUUUUUUCUCACCCGAAGAAGAACCUUUUCAACAUUGAAUGAGUUCGUGAGUCACUACAGCAGGACAAGUGAUGGCCUGUGUGUUAAGCUAGGAAAACCAUGCUUAAAGAUACAAGUCCCAGCUACCAUUGAUCUGUCAUAUAAAACUGCGGAUCAGUGGGAGAUCGACCGCAACUCCAUACAACUUCUGAAGCGAUUAGGAUCUGGUCAGUUCGGAGAAGUGUGGGAAGGCCUAUGGAACAAUACCACUCCAGUAGCAGUAAAAACAUUAAAACCAGGUUCAAUGGAUCCAAAUGACUUCCUGAGGGAGGCACAGAUAAUGAAGAAUCUAAGGCAUCCCAAGCUUAUCCAGCUCUACGCUGUUUGCACUUUAGAAGAUCCAAUUUAUAUUAUUACAGAGUUGAUGCGACAUGGAAGUCUGCAAGAAUAUCUCCAAAAUGAUGCUGGAUCAAAAAUCCAUCUGACACAGCAGGUAGACAUGGCAGCCCAGGUUGCCUCUGGGAUGGCCUACCUGGAGUCCCAGAACUACAUCCAUAGAGAUCUGGCUGCUAGAAAUGUCCUUGUGGGUGAACAUAAUAUCUACAAAGUGGCAGAUUUUGGACUUGCAAGAGUUUUUAAGGUAGAUAAUGAAGACAUCUAUGAAUCUAAACACGAAAUAAAGCUGCCGGUAAAGUGGACUGCGCCUGAAGCUAUUCGUGCUAAUAAAUUCAGCAUUAAGUCCGAUGUGUGGUCAUUUGGAGUCCUUCUUUAUGAAAUCAUUACUUACGGCAAAAUGCCUUAUAGUGGUAUGACAGGUGCUCAAGUAAUCCAGAUGUUGGGGCAAAACUAUAGACUUCCUCAACCAGCCAACUGUCCACCGGAAUUCUACAACAUCAUGUUGGAGUGCUGGAAUGAAGAGCCUAAGGAACGGCCAACAUUUGAGAUGCUGUAUUGGAAAUUUGAGGAUUAUUUUGAUAUAGACUCUUCAUACUCAGAUACAAACAACUGAGCAUGAUGAACACUAAAGAACAUCAGACAAUACAGUAGCAAUAAAGUCCAGUAAUCAGUUCAGAAAUGCAACCUUAUUAACCAACUGCAAAAAUUAGUUUAUCUUGACAUACUCAAGCAAUAGGGUAAAUUUGGCCAUAUAUUCUAAAAAAGAUUAUAUGUGCAUUUUGUUGACUGUGCAAUACUACAAGAUAGUCAAAGAUGAAAUAUCAUUUCUCCACUGCCUGGCUAAAUCAAAUGCACUAAACAAAGUUAUUUUUCUUUUUAAAAGAUACUUACAUUUCUAUUUAUUGUUUGAAAUGCCGAUCAAGAGGAUCAACAGAUGAUAGUCAAUUUUUACUCAGUGACUGUUGUAGCAUUUUCCUGUUUACUGAUUAAAGUGGUUAUUCAUUAUUCCUCGGAUUGCUGAAUCCCAUCAGGCUGUUAUUAUGAAGGAAUUUGAUUGCUUUGCUGCACAGCAGGACCUGUGCUUCGAGAUUUUUUUUUUUUCUCUUUUAAAAUAUCCUGUAACUACAAUGAUGGCAAAGCCAUGUUAAAUGACUUGAUUGUACUUGGAGUAAUUGCACAUAUUUUUUUUUCUGAUGCAUAAAAAAAUGAAGCAGCUGUUGAGAGAAAGAAUUAAAAUCUCUCUCAUUUUGUAGAAGGAAAUGAUGGAAUUUUUCUAUACCUCAGUAUGUGUCAUCUGAGAUUCAUCUACAUUAGUUUUAAUCUCUUAAUGCUAAGAAUCAGAUUGCAAAGCUGAUGAGUUAUUAUCUAUGGAAAUAUGCAAGAAACAUCUAAGAGCCCACAAGAUCUAAGAAACAAGUAUCAAAAUAGUUUAGGAAAAUAGGGGGAAAGCAGUAGGUUUGCUAUGAACUAGGAUAUCUGAAUAAUUUAAAAGAUGUACCUUUGACAUAGAGGCCAGACUUUAAAAUUGACUACAAAACAGAUCAAACUCUGUUUCAGAUCUAGAGAAUAGGAAUGAUGCCUGACAUUCAUUAUGAAGCUGUACUUUUUUUCUGGUAGGACAAGAGAGCUUUUACUUAUCCUAAGUUUUCAUUAACCUUUGUAAGAAUAUUGCUGUCUUCUUAAGUAAUGGGUAUAUCAAAUUUUGUGUCUCAUUAGUGAUUAAGGAGUGUUCUUGAAGGGUUUUUCAAAAUUAAAUAUAUAUUCAAAAAUCUUCUAAUGUAAAGCAAUAUGAAAUAAUUCACAAGAAAAUUUUGAGUAUACUGAGGAUAUUUUGAGUAUAUCCUUCAUCUUUCUUUAAAGGAGAAGAAGAACAUUUCUCAACAGUUACAGAAACCCCAAUUCAAAGUGGAUUAAGCACUAAGUAAAUCUGCAAACUCUCUAACUGGAAGACAGAAGUUGUUAAACAGGAAACAGGCCCCAAAAGGAGUCACUUGUGUUAAGCCCUAUGUCAGCAUCCUGAAACUUAAUACUUGACCUAAUUGUAGUUUCAGCCUCUCCCAGGAAUGUAACAUUUAGCCAAUCAAUGUCUAAUUACCUGGCCAGCACUAGGGAGGUAACCCACCUCUUCCAUCUUAGAAGGGAGAUCUUGUCCAAAAUAACCAGUUAUUUGCUAAUAACUUCACUUUCCCAUCCCUUUUAUCCCCCCCCCCCCCCUUUUAAGUGAUUGUACCUACAGCAAGAAGUUACCGGGCUAGGGGUUGAAUCAGAGCUGUGGCAUCAGGCCUUUGCCACAGUCAC